AUGCAUGAAAUCGGUCACGCGUUAGGUCUUGAACAUGUAAGAGAUAAACAGUCGAUUAUGUACCCGACUUAUCAGCUUAUGCAACGAUCUGACGUACUAACAUCCGUUGAUCAACAAUCGAUACAAGCUCUUUAUGGAAAAAAGCCUGAGACAGACUUUAGAAGUGAUAUUCGACACGGGACAGUGUUUGGAAAUCCACUCGGAGGUGUGCAAUUUAAUACAGUCACCGAAGCUAUGGCUUUACUUAACAACCAUCGAUUAUACAAAAUUAACGUACAAUGCCAGGAAGCUCUGACAACGCGUGCAACCACGAUCAAGGAGAAUGUAACAACGAGAACAAGAGGGGCCACAACGAUAAAACAGAGCUCUACAGCACCAAUGCCAAUAGAAAAUAACUCCGAAACUAGUAAUGAACUGUUGGAUAUUGUAGAGAAAACAAAUCGCAAUUAUAAUUUUAACCGAAGACAAUAA